AUUAACAAGUUAUGGGGAUCACUUGUUAUUGAUCCCGAUACUGAAAUUCUAUUAAAUGAUCAGAUGAGUGAUUUUUCAAUACCUGGUACGGCAGAUGAGUCUGGAUUGUUACCAUCUCCUUACAAUUUUAUUGUACCACAAAAAAGACCACUAUCAUCAAUGGUUCCAACAAUAAUCGAAAAAGAUGGAAAAUUUGAAUUUGCUGCUGGUGGUGGUGGUGGAAAGAAAAUUAUUUCAUCUGUAUUAGAG